AUGCACAGCACAAUGGCCACCACUGCCAUGGCCUCGUCAUUGCUUGGCUCUACCAGCGGCUGCAUUCCCGAGGAGCCUUCUGCGCCCUCGGCUGCCCCCUCGCUUACCUACUCCGAGGAGUCAGAGGAUCAAGAUGAAGAGCCUCAGCCUCCCCGCAGACGACGCGCUUCUACACGCCUCAUUGCUCAGAGCCCUGCAGACAUCCAGCGCAUCACCGGCGAGUCCACCGCCGAGCUGAUCCAGAGAUGCUGCGGUGGCGGCUGCUGCAUGAAGCUGGGCAAGAAGAAGGAGGGCGUCGAGUACGAGGCCAUCACCUUCCCCGACAAUGACGCAUACAAGUCUCUCGCGCUCAAGAUUGGCGAGAUCCCUACGACCCUUACCAACAUUGCCGAGAUGCCCGAGCAAACCGUCUUCUUCGAGCCAGUACCGAGGUCUACCGUCAACGCGCCCUCGCCAACAGACUCGGCAAUCUCUCUGGGUGCUGACGCCCCCAAGGACGACCUUGCCACCCUGCAGAGCAAGUUCAAGGACUUUACCCUCGACGGCAUCGAUACAACGAGGGAGCCGCCCAAGUUCGUGCAGCCGCACCCGCCCUACCAUGUCUACGCCGCCCGCAUCGACUCGACCCGCGAGCUGACCAAGCCCGGCGCCGAGAAGCGCACCUACCACUUCGACCUCGACAUCACAAGCUACCCCGGCGAGGAGGACAUGGAUUUCAGAGUCGGCGGCGCCAUCGGUGUGAUGGCUCCCAACGACAAGGCCUGCGUCGAUGACGUCUUUGAUGCCCUGAUGAUUCCCCGUUUCAUCCGCGACAAGCCGGUGCUCAUGAAGACGACCCGGGGCCGCUGGCCGACCGUCUGGGGCGACGACCAGGCCCGCGAGAUGGCCACGACCCGCCGUGACCUGCUUACCUGGUGCUCCGACAUCCAGUCGUAUCCCCCGACCAAGCAGCUCCUCCGCAUCUUGGCCGAGUACGCCGCAGACCCCAACGAGAAGAAGCUUCUGACCUACCUCUGCGCCGCCGAGGGCCAGGGCGUCUUUUGCGAUUUCCGCACCGGCCCGCAUGUCUCCCUCUCCCAGCUCCUGAACGCAUUCCCCAGUUCGCACCCGCCCCUGGACCUGCUGCUGUCGGUCCUGAACCCUCUGAUGCCCCGCUUCUACUCGCUCUCCAACGACCCGCACGACGCCUAUAAGACGCGCGACGGCAAGGUCCACCGGCUGAUCGAGAUUGCCGUCACGGUUCAUGAGACUGCUGACUGGCGUCGCGGUCUCCGCACCGGUAUCGGCUCCGGCUUCUUUGAGCGCCAGGCCCAGAGAUGGCUCAAGGCCAAGGCCGCCGGCGAGACGCCCGAAGUGUACAUUCCCAUGUUCAAGGGCCUCAUGGCCAACCCGCUCGCGAAGCAGUUCGUGUCUGACGGUCCCAUGCUGCUCAUCGGCGCCGGUGUCGGCAUCGCGCCCUUCAGGGGCUUCGUGCAGCGUCGUCUGAAGACGGCCAACUGCGCCAACAAGGUCUGGGUGCUCCAGGGCAUCCGAGACUCGCUCGUCGACGAGAUUUACAGCGGCGAGUGGGGCGUGCACGAAGACGAGGUCAAGCGUGUCGUGCAGAGCCGUCGCGGUGAGAGCCGCUACGUCCAGGAGGAGGUGCGCAACCAGGCGGACCUCGUCUGGUACAUUGCCAACGCCGUCGACGGUCGUGUCUUUGUCUGCGGCAGCUCCAGGGGCAUGGGCGAGGGCGUCGAGGAUGCGCUCGUCGACGUGGCCAUGCAGAAGGGCAACCUGGAGCGGGAGGAGGCCAAGAAGUACUGGGAGCUGAAGAAGGAGGCCGGCCAGUACAUCGCCGAGACGUGGUAA